AUGCCUUCAAUGGAUGCUCAAACAGAACAAUCUCCUGACAAUGUGAAAAAAUUAAAAGUAACAUACCAAAGAAUAGAUCUCGGCGAAGUGACGCCUAAUAACAUUGGACAGUUGAAAAGAUUGAACUCGGUCAUAUUUCCGGUAGCAUACAGCGAACAGUUCUAUAAGAAUGUACUUGAAGUCGGAGAGUUUGCCAAACUUGGUAGGUUCGAUUUCGUAGUCUUGACUAGUAAGGAGAGAGUCUCGAAUGAGCGUAUUAGGGAGGAAAAAGAGUGGCCAGGGAACAUAAGCAACACAAGUGUUUUGGGAACGCGUCAGAAUUGUAAAAAUGGUAUUAACAACUCAUUAACUUUACUUACGUCAGCAUACUUCAAUGACGCCUGCGUUGGAGCUGUCUGCUGUCGUAAAGAACCCAUUCCAAAUUCUCCUUAUCGGGCCAAUUUGUACAUAAUGACACUUGGGGUACUCGCUCCCUACAGACACCUUGGUAUAGGCACUACAUUACUGAAUCACAUUCUUCAUCAUGCGACUCUUCCGUCACAAACACCAAAAUUUGUCGAAAUAUAUUUGCACGUUCAGACAUCGAAUGACGAGGCACUUGCAUUUUACAAGAGAAACGAUUUUGAAAUUGUUGGCACCCGUGAAGGGUAUUAUAAGAGAAUAGAGCCGCCAGAUGCACAUAUUCUCAAGAGAGUUUUGAUUAAAGAUUAA